AUGGCCCCUCGCUAUCGCAAUAUUGCUGUCAUAGGCGCUGGGCCCUCGGGUAUCUCGGCAGUCAAAGCAUUGCACGAGGAGAAAAUAUUUGAAAGAAUUCGACUAUUCGAGCGACGUGAUAAGCCCGGAGGUAUCUGGCACUAUGAUUCUAUCCCAGACUUAUUCCCAACCUCAAGAAACUCAGGCGAGACGCGAAAUGGAAUCCCCAAGAAGCUACCUCAAUUCACAUCACCGCGUCCCGAGGAUACAACUGCACGAACCGGGAUUUACGACAGUCUUGACAGCAACGUGGGCUCCAAAGCCAUGGCUUUCACGCACAAGCCUUUCCCCAAAAUAAACUCUGCACUGUCUGUCAAACAAUUUGGACAUUCGAACCCAACUCAUCCCUUUCGCGUUAUCGCGGGGUAUCUGGAGGACCUUUUCAGGGAUCAUUACCACCUCGCAAGCUUCAACACCACUGUUGAAAUGACUGAGAAGCAAGAUAAAAAAUGGAUUUUGACCCUCCGUCAGUCCGGCCAUAUCCGCGAUAAUGAGCCGAGUGACUAUUGGUGGCAGGAGGAAUUUGAUGCCGUGAUCGUGGCCUCUGGACACUACAGUGUGCCCUUGGUUCCUGAUAUUCCGGGACUAGACGUUGCCUUCGAAGCUCAUCCAGGGAAAUUUGAGCAUUCCAAGUCCUAUCGCUCUCAGAAUGAUUAUGUGGAUCAAAAGGUCGUUGUAGUUGGAGGGAACAUCUCAUCUGCUGAUCUUGUCGUUGACCUGCAUGCUAUCGUCAAAGGGCCUCUAUAUCUCUCCCAGAGAGGACAUAACGAGGUACUGCAAUCGGUAUGGGACUUGCCCAACGUUCAAGCAAAGCCUGUAAUUUCGAGUAUCGAAAGUACUUCCCAGGGGGUCAAUGUAGCGUUCUCUGAUGGUACAAAAGUCGCGGAUGUGGACAAGGUUAUAUUUGCAACUGGCUACAGGCUCUCCUACCCAUUCCUCACUCCAGACCCUGUCACACCUAACAACCGAGUCGCGGGCUUUUAUCAACAUAUCUUUAAGAUCGGCGACCCGUCACUAGCACUCGUGGGACAAAUUCGAGCUGCAAUCAGCUUCCGCGCCUAUGAGUACCAGGCCGUUGCGGUGGCACGCUACUUCGCCGGAAGAAAUGGCCAGCCAUUGCCCAGCCCCCAGGAACAGGAUCUAUGGGAGAUCGAAAGGCUGAAGUAUAAAGGCCCGACAGCUUUGUUCCAUGAGAUAAAACCCGACUUCAAGGAGUAUUUUGGAUUCCUGCAUGACUUGGCAGGUCCCCCUGCAGAGAAUAGUGAUGCUUAUGAGUUGCCAGUCUGGGAAGAUCGAUGGGCUGAGCAAGCAUUUGAAGUCCUACGGUUGAAAGACAAAUAUUGGAAGUCUUUGAAAGAAAUUGCAGAUAUCUCAAGCCAGACAAAGGCAAAGCUUUAG